UAAUAUUCCCUUUCUUUGUUGAAUGGAUUCAAUGUUUUUCUAGUCAAAUGAGCUGUUCAUGAACCUUUGACUGUAUGUGUUACUGGAACAGGUGUCUAUUUGUUUCACAUCUCAUCCUGAGAUAAUUUCCUCCUGUUCAGAGAAGCAAGAUGCAUCUGUAGCCUGGAAGCUGCCCUGAAUUGAGUACCGUCACUAAUUCAACAUGGGACAGACAUCUCUUAAGAAUGGAGUCCCUAUCGUGGUUUCUCUGGCUCUGGUGUUUGCUUGGAGCGCCGCACAGCGAGAAUACUUCCUUUAUCCGAGUAAUCGCACCUGGGAGGAGGCCAGGAACCACUGCCAGACCUGUUUCAAAGACCUGGUGACACUGACCCCCGAAAACGUCCAAACCGUCUCCAAGUUACUCACUUCUGACUGCUGGGUUGGCCUCCGCAAGAACUCUACCAGCAACUCCACCAACAAUGCCACCAACAACUCCACCAACAACUCCACCAACAACUCCACCAACAACUCCACCAACAACGCCACCAACAACGCCACCAACAACGCCACCAACAACGCCACCAACAACGCCACCAACAACGCCACCAACAACGCCACCAACAACUCCACCAACAACUCCACCAACAACUCCACCAACAACACCAUCAUGGAUCCCAGAAUGCCAUGGUUCCGCUGGGCCAACGGAGACCCUCUGAUCUUCCAGAACUGGUACCCUGGUUGGCCCGUGUUCAGAUCCUCCCUCCCAAACAGCUACUACUUUGUCUGCCCAGAAAAGGCCAGCCUGGAAACAGCAGCCCCGGAAACGGUCACCCCAGAAACAGUAGCCCCAGGAACGGGAACUCCAGACUCGGGAACCCCAGCAACGGCAAUCCAAGCUACAGGAAACUUGACUGGUCAUCUUCAAGAAACCACAUUUGCAACAGCCCCAUCAGCCCCAUCAGCCCCAUCAACCCCAUCAACCCCAUCAACCCCAUCAACCCCAUCAACCCCAUCAACCCCAUCAACCCCAUCAACCCCAUCAACCCCAUCAACCCCAUCAACCCCAUCAACCCCAUCAACCCCAUCAACCCCAUCAACCCCAUCAACCCCAUCAACCCCAUCAACCCCAUCAACCCCAUCAACCCCAUCAACCCCAUCAACCCCAUCAACCCCAUCAACCCCAUCAACCCCAUCAACCCCAUCAACCCCAUCAACCCCAUCAACCCCAUCAACCCCAUCAACCCCAUCAACCCCAGUUCCCUGA